UUGGGCUACUUUGUCCAAUAACUAAGUCUAAAUCUGGCCCAUUUAUAUAAGUGGGGCGGGUCAGGGCUUUUAUUGUCUCUAACCAUUGAACUUCUUUGAUUGUCAAUUAGAAGAGGGAGGAAAAAAAAAAAACAAUCUUCCUGUCAGUUCUCCAUUGAAGCGCACUCAACGUUUUUAUCGAGAAAACUUGUAUCCUCCAUUGAAGCAGCUUCUGAGAAUCUGUGAAUCAACCAUGUCUUGUGAACCUAAUCAAGCAAACAAGUGUCGACCGAAUCAAGCAAAGAUACCUAAGAAUCGAGUAAUCAUUCAUUGGAAGACUAGAACGUUCAAGUGUCUCAUAAUUGGUAAUCCUGGAACUGGAAAAACUAGUUUUAUGAAGAGGCUUCUUUGUCAGGGCUUCAAUGAAGAUUAUGAACCGACAACCGAACCUGCUGUUCAAACAUUCAAGUUCAGAACAUCUCGUCUUCCAGAACGCAAAAGAAUUAGGCUUCAGUGCUACGAGUAUCCGAUGACGGAGGGAUUCAAUGACAAAUUUUUCAAAGAGAGGGACUGUAUUAAUAUGGAUUGUGCUAUCAUCAUGUGUGAUAUUACUGACGAAUCCAGUAUGAAGCCUGUUGAUGACUGGAUUGAAUUAUUUAAAAGUUGUGUAUACUCAUAUGUUAUGAAAUCAACACAUUCCCUAUUGUUGAUUUUUAAGUUUUAUUAUUUUCUAUCGUUUUUCCUAGUAAUUUUGGAUUAUUUGUGUUAAAAUUUGAAUGCAAAUAUGGGAAAGAAAUCCCAACUAUUGUUUGUGGAAAUAAAGCUGAUUUGAUACCAAUUGGGGUAGUAAAGCCAAUCGGCUACAAUUCUAAGAGUAACAAGGUGGUGUGGACUCCUUGUUCAGUUAAGACCUUGAAAGGUCUUUGGGUGCCUUUCACUUAUAUUGCCAGGAUGCUGACCACUGGACCUCAUGACCUUCCUUACUCUUUCUUCAAUGAGAUGGCUAGGAGAGGCCUUCCCCUUCAUAGAUGAAACCUUAUUGCAAUAUAUUCAAGAGUAAGCAUUCUGAUGGACUAGAGCAGCUUGGAACCAUCUAAGGAGAUGCCUUUAGAUUUUGAUCAAAACUUCAUUGUGCCUCAGGGGCUUGUAAGAUACAAGUGUUAUAAUUACUUGUAGGAUCGACAUUGGGUGUUUUUAUCUCAUUAUAAAUAUGUGAUAAAUCGUUUGUAUAAUAAGGGUUUAAUUAUGGCAAUCAAGCCAUCUAUGAACUUGCAUUUCUAAAAUUUAUCGGAUCAUUCUCGGUAAGUCGGUAA